AUGUCUUCAACAACGUCACCAAGCACGACGAUAGCUCAGGCACUCACGACGCCAUUUGUCGCCCCAUCGGGCUGUGCUGACAAUUUCGUUCCCGCAAACUCCGUAAAAACAGGCCGCUCCCAAGAGUCUCUGUCCAUAUUUGUCUCGGCUGCCGUCGAUUCUCGGUUUGCAUCUUGCCAACCUCCCGGGUGGGACCGAGGGAAGGAUGGCACAAGUUUUGCGUUCAGCCCAGCUGUCUGUCCCAGUGCCUGGACGGCGUCUCGUCUUGGCCAGAAUUAUCUUGCGCCAGCUCGGAAUGGGAACUAUACAGCAAAGUGCUGUUCUAGUGGCUUCACACUGACCUACGGUGCCGAAGCUGAAGGCAUAUACGAAUUCCCAUGCGCUCGUACACUGGUGAAUAACAUGACUACGAUGACGCGAACCUCCACGAUCACCCAAGCCUACGUCAACAACACAGCUAUUACGUCCAUUUCAAAACACACCACGAGUACCGGCACCACCACAUUGAGCAUCCACAAUGCAUGGCUUAUAUCAUGGGAUCCUUUAGACGCUUCUACUCUGAGCCCUUCUCCACCAAUGCUCAAGUGCACUGAAUCGGUAGUUGACAUGUGGGUGCCUGGCGAAACAACAGUCGUUCCCGGGAAAGCUCUGGAUAAGUGCGGACCGGGAGAAGGCCCUCGGUUUGGGGGUCUGACCGGUUUUUUGGUCAUCGGACUACCACUUAUCUGUGUGUUUUUAGUGGUCAGCUGCGGCUCUUUCUUCUGCUUGCGCCAUCGGAAACAUGAAGAAAGAAGGUAUGAGAUGCGGGCAAUGGCGACGGAUAGGGCGUCGGCAACUCAGACCACAAAGAAACACGAAGACCAGUUGACAUCACAACAGUGA